CGACAACAGCAUGCCGUCUCAUCUGCCGCCGCCGACGCUGCUCGACUUGCUGUGCCGCAAGGAGGUGAUCUUCAACGGGCCCAUGUCCACGGAGCCCAUCUUAUCUCGCGUGCUUGUCUAUCUUGGCAUGCAAGUACGUCGACGAUGCGUCGACUAGCACGUCGUGGAAUUCACAACAUGUUAGCAUGAGCUGGGCAAAGCGCAUUCUCCUAUCCAACUCGCGGCGCGACUUGGAUCGACUUGCAUCAAAUUCCUCAAACUGACCAGGAAGAAUCCAUACUUUUACCGGUGGCUUGUGCUGCGGCCGCCGUCCUCUGCAAACCUCCCUAUGUUUCAACGUCUCGUUGAUUUGCACACGACCGCCAUUCGCUGCCUCGACUUGUCCUUCUGCCACGACUACGUCACUGACGCAGAGCUGAAGCGACUCGCUGCGACCUGUCCGUUCCUCACGCAGUGUGUUCUGUGGGGAUGCCACGACCUGACCGACGAAGGCAUUAUCACAUUGGCGUCGAACUGCCCAUACUUGACCUUUCUCAACUUUGGCGCAUGUGCCAAGGUCACCGACGUCACCCUUGAGCGUAUUGGAAGCGAUCUCAUGUACUUGGACAACCUGCACCUGAGCGGGUGUCCGCUGGUCACCGAUGCAGGGAUCGCAAAGUUGCUGCCGUCCAGUCGAGUCGUCUUGCAGCUGCGGCAAACGACAGACCCACGACCUGUGCCGUCUGAGUUUGACUUGCAUCACAUGAAGACUCAACUGCGCAAGUUCGAUUGCAUCAAAGUCACGUUUCGACGGGUUGCGGCAUCGACCGACGAGCUCGUGCUCCACUUUGCAAGCCGUCCCAAGGCGGUGGGUCUGUGGUGCGAUGCGAAACCGAACAAGUUCAUGCCGCGUCUAACGUCGCACGAUGGCACGCACCACUAUGGCGGGCAGUACGUGUGCACGUCGUUGAAGGUGCUCAACGUCAUCGGGUGCCCCAAGGUGUCCCGCGCAGCCCCCGCCAAGCUCAAGAGUCACCACACGCAGAUCAAAGUUCUCCAAUGACCCGCCAUAAACGCAG